UAGUGGCGCAUGCGCAAUGCCAGACAGUAACAGCUAGCAGAUAGACGAGGCUUGCAGCUGUUAGCUAAAGAAGGAAACGGUUUGCGGAUAAAACAUUCGGUGAAAUGUUUAGGAGGAAACUAACUGCUCUAGAUUAUCACAAUCCAAACGGGUUUGACUGCACAGAUGAGACUCAGUUCAGGAACUGCAUCGUGUGGCUGGAAGACCAGAAGAUUCGACAUUAUAAGAUCGAGGACAGAGGAAACCUGAGGAACAUCCCCAGCUCAGACUGGCCAAAAGCCUACCAGAAGUACCUACAGGAUGUGAACUGUCCGUUUGGGGUUCAGGAGAGGCAGGAGGCAGUGGACUGGUUACUGGGCCUGGCUGUGCGCUAUGAAUAUGGAGACAACGUGGAGAAAUAUAAGAACUGUCAGCCGUUGGCAGCCUCCAGCAACAGUGACAGAGCUGUGGAUCCUCUGGUCAACCUGGACAGUAAUUCUCCAGAUUUCAAAGCUGGAGUUACAGCUCUGGCAAACAUCCUGAAGAUACAGCGACACGACGACUACCUGGUGAUGCUCAAGGCCAUUCGUAUCCUCAUCCAGGAGAGACUUUCUCCAGAAGCCAUCACUAAAGCGAACCAGAACAAAGAGGGAGUUCCAGUAGCUUUAGACAAGCACAUCCUGGGUUUCGACACUGGAGAUGCGACUCUGAACGAGGCGGCUCAGAUCCUCCGGCUGCUGCACAUCGAGGAGCUGAGGGAGCUGCAGACCAAGAUCAACGAGGCCAUCGUGGCCGUCCAGGCGAUCAUAGCCAACCCCAAGACAGACCACAGGCUGGGGAAGGUCGGCAGAUGAGAGCGAGGCGGAGGGACUGAACCGCGGGGGUUUUAAUGGGAUUUUCAGAAGAGAAGCCUUUUUGUUGUUUCAGUGGACGUAAUUAGAGUUUUUUUGUUGUUGCAUGAUGGGGCUGUUUGAAUGGGGAAGCAAACGACAACUCUCGGGAUGCUGAUAUUUUUUGUACAGCAGCAUGGAUUAGUCCUCAUUUUUUGCCACCGUGUUAAAUAAUUAUCUCUUCUGAAGUAUUCAACCUGAAAGCUAUAUUUGUUUCUGGGGUAAAGAAGAAGAAAAGUUUAUUUUGAAGUGAACGCUGACACUGUGUGGGGAAAAUAUAGAAAUCCAGCUCAA